AUGUUUGACCUACUGAUUACGCAUAGCACUGCCGCACAGUGCUAUUAUCCCAACGGCGCCCAGAGCGGUGAUACGGCAUGCUACGAUGGCGGAUCAUACAACAAGACUGGGCCUUCUACCGUUGCCUGGUAUAAUGGCUCUGGCGUUGAUUCGAAGUAUUGUUGCGGCUCUAUUAUUGUCAACCAAACCGAAACGACUUGUGGCGCUCUGAGUAAUGGCCAACACCAAGACUCUUUUGCUAUCGAUGAUGGUACCUACGUCGCCAACGUUGCGGCUCUUUCCCGUCUUCGAGCGCAAUCCACCUGCGACUCCGCCGGGCUGACCAAUAAAACAAAUACUAGUGACAUUAUUAGCCCUAUCAGUAUUCCCACAGCAACCGCAACUGUCACAAAGAGUUCACAAUGUCCAGGGCAAUAUAGCACGAAAGUCGUCGCCGUGUGUACAGGGGUGGGAAUCCCUCUUGGAAUAAUUGCUCUUGUCUCUAUCGUUUGGGCUCUUUGGGAGCGAAAGAGAGAGCUUUUGGUUACUCAGCCGGUUCAGCCAUUUAUGCAAGAUAGCCCGAACUCCAAUCCAAGCGAACUCGAUGGAAAUAAGAUCGGAGAGCUAGAAGGAUCUUUACCUAAGCCUGCCGAACUAGGUUGCAGCGCGACUUGCGGGCGAUGA